AAAGAAUCAAGUCGUCUCGUUGCAGACCAAUGGUCAUUCUUUUACUUAACUAAUAAUGAAGGCAUCAUCGUGGGUUACCUAAUCUUGCCAUCAAGAGACUGCAGCCGGCCAGCCCUUCUGUUUAAUUUAUAUGUACGUACAUUAAUUACUACAUAAGGCAGCUUCUAGCUAAUCUCUACCUUGAAAAGAUCAGUAGUAAUAAGAAGAAGAAGAAGAAGAAGAAGAAGAAGAAGAAGAAGAAGAAGAAGAAGAAGAAGAAGAAGAAGAAGAAGAAGAAGAAGAGUUUCGCUUAGAAAUGGUGGGAUUGGAACGGAAGUUUGGAGGGUCUCUGGCUGUUCCCAAUGUUCAACAACUCGCUUUGAGCUCGAAUGAUAUCGUACCCAUCAGGUACAUACACCCCGAACUCGAUCUUGAACGAGUUUCUAAUGACGAGUACUCUGGCUAUCUCCCGGUAAUCGAUAUAGGAAAGCUCGUUGGUGGUGGCUGUGAUGUUGAUGGCGAGUUAGCUAAGCUUCAUUCUGCAUGCAGAGAGUGGGGAUUCUUCCAGGUGAUAAAUCAUGGAAUUGUUGAGGAGGUGAUCCUGAAUAUGAAAGCUGAUGUCCAGCAGUUCUUCAAACAAACAUUGCAAGAGAAAAUGAAAUGUGCACAGCUGCCAAAUGACCUUGAAGGAUAUGGCCAAGCAUUUGUUCUGUCUGAAGAGCAAAAACUUGAUUGGAGCGACAUGCUUUAUAUUCUUGCACAACCUAUGGAGAGAAGGAACAUGAGGGUUUGGCCAACCGUUCCCUCUUCUUUCAGGACAACUCUGGACGAGUAUUCAUCAGAAGUUGGAAAGUUGUCAAUCAUCCUACUAGGUUUUGUGGCCAGGAACCUAGGACUCGAUCCAGAAAAGCUUAUCUCGUCGUUCAGAGAAGGUCCUCAAGGUAUAAGAAUGAACUACAUUCCAUCAUGCAAGCAAGCGAGCAAGGUCAUUGGUCUCCACCCACAUUCCGACGUCGAUGGAUUGACAUUGUUGACUCAAGUGAAUGAAGUUCAAGGAUUACAAAUCAAGAGAGAUGGGAAAUGGGUCCCCAUUGCUCCCAUACCAGGUGCCUUCGUAGUCAAUGUCGGCGACAUCAUUGAGAUAAUGAGCAAUGGAGAAUACAAGAGCGUAGAGCACAGAGUGGUUGUGAACCCCGAAAAGGAGAGGCUGUCGAUUGCAGCAUUCCACAACACAAACUCCAAUGCCGUGAUCGGCCCAUUGCCGGACCUCAUCAAUAGGGGGGAUCAGAAGCAAGCACCGAAAUAUAAAACCGUGUCUACCACGGAUUACAUCAAGCUUGUUAUGAGGUCUACACUCGACGGAAAAUGCCUCAUUGACGAGAUGAAGAUACGAACAGAAGCAGCAGCAGCUAGCAGUGAAGAAAAGCCCAUGAUCAAACCUAGCUAGAUAGCUAGCUGCAAAUUAGUCCAAGCUAUAUAUAUGACAUGCAUGAGUUAAAUGUUUGAGAUGCAUAAUUUCUGCGUACACUUUGUACGUAGAUGAGAUGAGAUUCAUAUGUGCAUCCCUAUAUGUAAUCCUGGACCAUGAGCAAGAUAGCGCGGAUGCAUGGGACCGUUUCUUCCAGUACUUGUGACUAAUUAGAAUUUUUUUUUUUUU